AUGGAUGAGUUAACAGAUGGUGCGCCUUCGAGGUUGUAUGAAAGGUUGCGACAGAUUGAAGGCUACACUUGGGACGAAACUACACCGGCUAUUCACUCCAGUUAUGAUACUUGGCAAGUCUUUGGAACUCAAGAUUUAACUCGUGCUCCACAGCCUACCAACAGUAACGCUCAUGUCACUCUGCAAGAAACUCGCAACAAUCUCUCUCGGCAAGAAGUCAAUGAUACUAGAAACAGCGACCUUUAUGAGGAAUCCGAGGAAAGAUCGACCCGCGAAGUAGUUGCGCGAGUAUCAACCCACGCGCUCAGAGAGGAGAGAGCCUAUUAUCUAUGCAAAAAACUUAUCCGGACAGUUGAUCCCGAUGGAGACCACAUGAUACGUCCUGUUAAAAUUUUACGGCUUCCUAGUCAGUUCGGCGACGAUGGACCUCUUGUGGUUUGUAUCUACGAGUACAUAGGCGUCAACUACUUAGCAAAUGUUCUUGAUUUUGGUCCCGCUUAUUACAGAGGACGGCAAUUGGGUAUUGAGAUCAAAGCAUUUAGGGACGAUACCCCCCUUGAACUUAUGCCAUUGCAGAUGUUUAUGGACUUUGUAGUGGGUGCUACAGAAUGUUUAGAGACUAUGCAUCACGGCCAGGGUAUUAUACAUGGUGAGAUUAGAGGUGACGCUUUCCACAUGACUAAUAAGUCGAAAAAAGUACGGCUAUUGCAUUUUGGCUCCGGUUUGCGAACUUUUGAGCACGGCUUAACCAGCAAUGGAUGGUCAAUGUUGAGUAAAGAGGUCGGCGCCAAGAAUAAAUUAUGCUUCAUGGCCCCGGAACAAACCGGACGGAUGCCUGCCGAACCUGAUAGUCGAACUGAUAUCUACUCUCUGGGAAUUUUAUUUUGGACUUUGUUAACUCAAAAGCCCGCUUUUGAGGGUGAAACCCCUAUGGAUAUAAUACAAGGUGUCCUAGGACGAAGAUUACCCUCGGUAUCAAAUAUAAGAUUAGAUAUCCCGGAUGUUAUCGGUAGAAUUAUCCAAAAGAUGACAGCUAAGAAUAUUGGUGAAAGAUAUCACUCAAUUAGUGGUCUGAGGCAUGAUCUUACUGAAGUUCGUCGACUACUCGGGACAGGCGAUUCUAUAGCACUCCAAAACUGGAAAAUUGCGACUAAUGAUGUUUCAUCUUUCUUUGUUCUCCCUUCAAUUAUGAUUGGUAGAUCUGAAGAGCACGAUAAAAUUGUCAAGGUAAUUGACACAGUAUCACGACGGCACUCGAUUGCUCAAGUAAACGAGACAUAUAAUGCGUUACCUUUUGGGUCUAGCUUAACCGAAGGACGGCUUGAAACUCUUGAUGCCGCUUUUGGUACAGUUGAUCAAGCAUCAAGCGAUGGUGAUGCAGCUAGCUCGAUAGAUGGCGGAUCCACCUCGUUUAUGACGAAUGGUUUAUCAGGGGAGCUGCGACUUCACAAGGGAAAUUCGGCUCAGCACAGGAUGACACCCAGUUCACAACACCAGCACAAUGACAGCACGGAAAAUACCAUGAGGAUAACCUCCAUCAUUAAACCAUGGGAAAAAACAAGUGCAUUUUCCCUUGAUUCACCAUUAAGCAUUGCUGAGAGUAACAACUCAGAUCAACUAUCAAAGAUUUCAUCAGAAGGAGUAGGUAGCCUUGCUGGGUUCCGUAAUACCCAGAAAUUUCGUCGCAAAGGGCAUUGUGAUGUUGUCUGUAUUUCAGGAUUGGCUGGUCUAGGAAAGACAUGUCUAGUAGAGUCAGUCCAAACAGAGGCACGGCGGAGAGGGUACUUUGCCAGUUCCAAGUUUGACCAGACAAAAACGACUACAUUCGGACCAGUUUUAAAGCUAUUAUCCAGUUUGUUCAAACAGGUUUUCUCUGAGAGUGAUACCGAAACCCCUUUUCAUCAGAUGCUUAAGAAAUACGUUCAGCCCGCUUGGCCGAUGCUCCACAAAGUUCUUGAUCUACCUGUAUUUCUUUUAGGAACCACAGACACUCCUAUAAACGCCCGAAUCGCCAACUCUACAUCUCUGGCUCAGCAAUCUUUCAAUAAAAGCCUAAAGUCUAGCGUGAAGCGAAGAGAUUCUUCCCCUUCAAGCUCUCAUGGAAAUAUCUUUAGCAAAAUACUCGGCGCUCAAAGUGCGCAAGAUUUUCUCCGUGCUGGAUCAUCGACAAAGUCAGUUCGAUUGCUUAACACAUUCCUCGAAGUGCUAAGAAUCUUCACCUUACAUAAAUUUAUAUGUUUUUGCUUGGAUGAUAUCCAAUUUGCGGAUGAUGAAUCUCUCGACCUAAUCACUCAGAUACUAGCUUCUAGAAUGAGGAUGGUUAUUAUUGUCACGUACAGGCCAGAUGAACCACUUUCUGAGAAAGUUAAGGAGAUAAUUGAACCUUCAAAUAAUAAAGAACUUAUAAGAACCGGUGCUGUUAGCAUCACUAGAGUUACUCUAAAACCUCUUAACGAAGAAGAUAUCAAGAAAUAUGUUGCAGCGACACUCUGCCGGGAGGAAAUAGAAGUCGUACCACUUGCUGCCGUAGUAAAAUCUAAAACUGCCGGAAAUCCUUUCUACAUGAGAGAGAUGCUUGAUAGUUGCCAUCGAAAACAAUGCAUUUACUACGACUAUAAAGAGAGUUGUUGGCGAUAUGAUAUUGAAAAAAUUUUCAAGGAGUCUAAGAGCUCUAUGUACCAAGAGACAUUGAAUAGCGAAUUUAUGACGAGCAGAUUCAACGAAUUACCUCCCGCAUCUAAAGCAAUUUUAGCAUGGGCAUCAUUUGUCGGUAGCCCAUUUUCUUUCAAUGUGAUACAGAAGUUGCUGAGCGGGGAAUUUGAUUACGAGGACUCACUUCCAAGCUUGAGCAUGUCUCGACCACAAUCUUUGUCUCACUCGCAGGAAGAUGCCAUCGAAGGGCUCCAGGCUGCAAUACAGGCCUGCAUUAUAGUUGCAACUCAGGAUGAUGAGAAAUUUCGCUUCGCACACGAUCGAUACCUACAAGCAGCAGCUUCAUUUGUCGCGUGUAGUGGCCCGAAAAUGCACUUUAUUAUUGCACAAACUUUAUUUAAGUAUUACUCAGAUGAUCGUAACAAAGAAAAAAUUGCGAUUCAUAUUGGUGAAUCAAUUGAAAUUAUCAAGGCUCGUGUAGCUCAAAGACACAAAUUCCGAAAAAUUCUUUUUGAAUGUGCACUCUCAGCUGCAGAAAGUGGCGCUCAAAUAACAGCAGCUGGAUAUUACAGUAAAUGUUUUGCUUUACUUCAAGACGAACCCUGGAAAACUGGCUCUGUUGAUGUGUUAUAUGACGAAACUCUCCAAUUACACAUACGGGCUGCUGAGUGCUAUCUAUAUAUGGGCAAGUAUUCUGAGGCCAGCAAAAUUUUAGAAACAGUAUUUUCUCAGGCCUGUAUGGAGGUGGAAAAGGCCCCGGCGUGGGUUCUUCAGUCGCGGAUUUAUGCUCAAGAGGGUAACUCUCCUGCUGCCUUUCGAGCCUUAAAGGCUUGUCUUUCAGGCCUUGGAAUUCGAGUUGAUGAAACUAGCUUUGAAAAGUGCGACGAGGAAUUUGAAAGGCUUAUCGUGAAAAUUCAGUCAUCAGAAACAGACGCACUAAUCAAUAAACUUUCAAACAAAGAUUCGAACCUUUCUGCGGUUGGAGCGGUUCUUGUGGAGGCAAUCUCUGCUGCCUAUUGGACCGACCAGCUACGGUUCUAUCAAAUGACUUUAGUCAUGGUUAAUACGCAUCUUACGAGUGGAGGUUUUCCCCAAGCUGGGAUGGCUUAUAUUCACUUGGCAAUGAUUGCUAUUACCAGGUUCAAUAUGAUCAAAUUUGCUUGUCAAAUGGCUGAGAUUUCUCAUACUCUCGUGCAAAAAUGGCAAGACCCCUAUACACUGGGCCGGAGAGGACUAAUUUACUCUCUUUUCGUGGGGCAUCUUCAGCUUGAUAUUCCAGACUUAUUCUCCCCGUCUGAAGAAGCCCUCGAGUAUUCCAUUCAUGCGGGCGAUAGGAUGGCCACCAUCUUGAAUUUCGGGUUGGUUAGCAACAUGAAAUUUUUUAUAUCUGAAAAUAUGGCCGACCUAGAGGCAUUUUUAUGUUAUGGUUGCGAAGAAGUUCCAAACUGGAGCCUUGACACUAGGGGUGGUACCAUGGCUAUCGCUAUCCGUCAAGCUUGCCGUGCACUCCAGGGCAAGACCUUAACUCACGAAUCUUCCAAAAUUAUGAGCGAUGACCAACACGAUUCUCACGAAUACAAGUUAUGGUUAAGCAAUACCCUUGAAAAUUGUGACCGGCAGAUGCUAUAUUAUGAGGGCAUAGAGAUUGCACCACUUUUCUUAUUUGGUCACUAUAAAAGCGCAGUCAAAGUAGGUGAAUCUUGCCUUAAGUUGGUAGAUACUGUUUGGUCACCUCGAAACAGUCGAUUUUUGAUGUUCAUGUAUGGCGUUUCUCUUGCAGGCUUAUUAUGGUCCAAGAUUUCAGAUCCCCUCAGAACUGUUAGCGGAGGAAUUGAUGGUUUACGUUCAGACGCAGAGUAUCUCAAAAGUGAACAAUCCCUACACAAGGAUCUUCGAGAAACUGUCCAGCAAAUACAAUGCCUAAGAAAAAAAAUCGAAGAUUGGCAAACUGUAAAUGAUGUCAAUUAUCUGGCGUGGUCAAAGAUACUUGCUGCGCAAAUCGCCGAGAUGCAAGGAGACCAUGGAAUUGCCAUGAAGUACUAUGAGCAGAGUCUAGACCAUGCAUGCGCACAUAGAAAUUUCUUCGAUGAGGCAUUAGGAAAUUAUUUAUUGGCUGGACUACUCCUCAGGACUGGCUCACAAAGAGCUGCCAAGGGAGCUCUGCGUGAGGCUGUGCUGCUAUACAGAACUUUUGGUGCUAUCGGCGUCGCUAAAUAUAUUGAAAACGAACAUAGCUUACUAUUGCAAGGCCCAACAAAAAGCGAAAGGUCAGCAGACGUAGCUGUGCAAACAAAAUUCGAUAGGAUGUCGACCUCCACGCAAUACUACAGUUUACAAAAUGUCGAGGCCCCAAACUCGUCACAAUCCCGUACGCCGACUUCAAAAUCUAAAGGCGAAAAAAUGGGGCCUUGGGACGGCUCAUCCACUCGAGAUAACACAGAAUCUGGUUUGCCGGCUUUAGACAUGCUUGACUUGACAUCGAUUCUUGAAAGCUCCCAGGUGAUAUCUAGCGUAUUACAAGUUGAUCAGUUGCUAAGGAUCAUGUGUGAGAUUAUCCUACAGAAUUGUGGGGGUCUUGCAACGACAGCAGCUAUUGUUGUCGAGGAAGAAAACUUUGGUUGGAAUAUUGCAGCAAGCGCUGACCCAGAGAAGGGUGCUGAAGCCCACAUUCCCGGUAUACCCCUAGGUGAAACUGCACUUGUUGCAGAGGGGGUGAUUCUUUAUUGUACAAGAUUUAGGGAAACCGUCUUUGUGCCUGAUCUUAUCCGUGACGAAAGAUUUAGCAAUGUCACAGAAGCAUGGGCUACUCGCAACAAACAUAGCAAAUCGGUCAUAGCUAUUCCUAUAAGUCACGGGACCAACUCCCUCCUAGGAGUGCUUUACCUAGAAGGCGAACCGAACGCUUUUAACGGCAGAAAUUGGACACUACUUCAGCUUCUUGUCAACCAGAUAGGAAUCAGUUACUCUAAUGCACUCACAUGGAAAGCAGUUGAGAAAGUUUCAGCUUCUAACAACGCUAUGGUUGACCUUCAAAAGGAAGCCCUUGCAAAAGCAUUAGAUGCUGAAGAAAAAGCUAAUCAAGCUAAAGCUGAGGCCCUUCGAAAUGUACAGCUCGCAGAAGAAGCAGUCAAAGCAAAAUCAAUAUUUCUCGCCAAUGUUUCCCAUGAGCUUCGUACACCCCUUAAUGGCGUCAUUGGGAAUUCAGAACUUCUGCGUGAUAGCUCUUUAACAGGAGAGCAAGUUGAGAUGGCAGACUCGAUACGCAUAUCCGCAGAUCUCCUCUUGACCGUCAUCAAUGAUAUUCUGGACUUUUCAAAGAUGGAGGCUGAUAAAAUGGAGCUGUACAUUGUUGCGUUUAGACCUGAUGAAAUGAUGCGCGAAAUUUUUAGAUCUGUUUCAUACAGUUAUAAAGGUGGUGGAAAAAAUGUUGCGUUUCUUCAGGAUAUCGAACUUCCUCAAUGCUUAAUAUAUGGAGAUCCCGUACGAUUACAUCAAGUUUUAGGGAAUCUCGUUAGUAAUAGUAUGAAAUUUACUGAAAACGGAUCAAUUGUUGUCGGGGCCCGAACCGACUGGGAAUCGGGAGAAGAAAUUAAGUUAAAAUUCUGGGUAAAAGAUACUGGCAUUGGUAUUCCUCCCCAACAGUUGGUCAAAUUAUUCAAACCAUUUUGUCAAGCCGAUGCCAGCACUGCAAGAAAAUAUGGUGGUAGUGGACUUGGUCUCAGUAUCUGCAGAUCGCUCAUUGAAUCGAUGAUGGGCGGAAAAAUUGAACUCGAUAGCACUGAAGGUAUAGGCACAACCUGUUGGUUCACCAUAACUUUUACGAAAGCCAAGCAAGCUGCUCCCGGUGACUGUCAAAAGGCAGUAGAACAGCAACCUUCUCGAGCUAUCACCGAAGAACCAGAACGCUCCAAAAUGACAUUCCCAAAUUUGUCUCGCAUUCCAAACGAAGAGUUGCGCGUUUGUAUUGCAGAAGACAAUCCAGUCAAUAGGAAAAUUGCCGUUAAGUUCAUGCACAAACUCGGAUUCAAACUCGUGGAUUCUUAUGAAAAUGGCUGGGAAGCAGUAGAGGGUCUUCGUUUGAAAUACAAAGAAGGUCAACCAUAUCAUCUAGUUCUGAUGGAUGUCCAAAUGCCAGUACUUGAUGGUUAUGAGGCUACUAAACUUCUCCGGCGUGAUCCUAUCGAAGAGAUUCGAAAAAUUUUGGUCAUAGCUAUGACUGCAUCAGCAAUUCAAGGUGAUAGAGAAAAGUGUCUCGACUCGGGUAUGAACGACUAUCUUGCCAAGCCUGUUCGAUCAAAUGUGCUGAAGAUGAAACUCGAUCAAUAUCUUCGACCGCCUCAAGCAUCUAUACCAUCCUCGUUAGGAGAGAAUAAGAGAAUACCUAGCGAUACUUUGUCUGACAAGCGAACCUCACUGCAAUAUGAACUACCUCAUCGUAACGUUUCACCCUAUAAUGAUCACAGUACUUUGUCUUAUGCUGAUACAAAUGUUCCACGGCAAAUCCCAACGGAAAUUAUCGAUUCUGUAUCGCAAGUUGAUGGAAUAGAUGAUAAUUUUGAUAUGUCCAUGUCUAGGCCAUUGUCUGGCAACAAGUCUGUCUAA